ACCCUGAUCAGCUUUCAAUCUCAAGUCUGGUAUUCCAUAAACCAUUAAUCAUUUGAUCUCAUUGGUGAUGCAGAACAGUCUUGCCCUGAGAGACAGAAACACUUCAUGGUCCUGAUGCUGUAAUGGAGUUUUACCCCUCUUGACUGACUGAUGUCCUGUGGAGUUUUACCCGAAUUAUAACAUGGACCAACAAGAGCCUGGAUGUGAUCAUGAUGCAGAACAGCUCAUACAUAUGGAAAAUAAUGGAACAGAUACACCUGAAGUUUUGUCUCAUUUGAAUAGAACAGAUAUGCCUGUGCAAUCUAAAAGAAGGAAAAGUAUGGCCAAAAAAUUAAAAGCUUCAACAAAAAAAGGGAAAAAAUCGACCACCAUUACCCAAGGAACGUCUCCAUCUAAAGUGGGACAUGUUGCAGAAGGCACCGAACACAUGUUUCGCACCCACAUCUGCUCCGAAUGCAGACGCUGUUUCAAGACUCGCUCCCAUUUGAUAGAACACAUGCGCAUCCACUUUCCCGACCCCACUCUGCAAUGUCCCACCUGCAAACACCAUUUCACCAGCAAGAGUAAGCUACGCAUCCACAUGCUGAGAGAGACGGGACAGAAACUGCACCAGUGUCAUCUAUGUGAGUACGGAGCGGUGGAACGCAACUCUCUGCGACGACACCUUGCCAGUGUGCACGGGCAUCAAGAGGAUAAAGCUCCCAACGGAGAGCUGUUUAAGUGCCCAACUUGCCAAAAGACAUUCAGUCAGAGUCAGGCAUUAAAGAUCCAUAUGAAGUCUCACAAUAAGAUACAAGAUGGACAGCCAUUGCUUUGCUUUCAUAAAGGCUGCUCAUUUCAGAGUACAGAAAAAAAGCAGCUUCAAAAGCAUGUAUUAGAUGCUCACCAAAUUGAGGCAGUAGAGUGCCGGCAUCACGCCUGCGGCUCCUUCUACGAGAGUCAAGAAGACAUGGAGAAACAUUUCCGCUCGCAUCAGGCUUAUCACUGCCCCCACUGUGACUUCUCAUGCUCAAAUAAGAGCCAUUUUCAGCAGCACAAAAGACAAGGACAUCCAGGGAAACAAGAACUGAACUGUAGCUUCUGCCCUUUCUCCACCCUCAACCCUGUAGAGUUCGAUCAACAUGUUGGUCACUUUCAUGCCAAUGAGAAAACACAACACUGCCCGCAGUGCAGCUUUGUAACAGCUCACAAAAGAGUCCUGAAAAGACACAUGCUGAUGCAUACUGGUGAAAAGCCCCACAAAUGUACGCAAUGUGACUUCAGAUGCCGUGAUGAGACGUACCUUUCAAAGCACAUGCUGACGCACUCCAGUGACAAGCAGCACAUGUGCUCAGAAUGUGGAUAUGUUACGAAAUGGAAACACUAUCUCAGUGUCCACAUGCGUAAGCACGCAGGAGAUCUGAGGUACAAAUGUAAUCAGUGUCCAUAUCGUUGCCACCGCAUCGACCAGCUGAACAGCCAUAAACUCCGUCACCAGGAAAAAUCCCUGAUCUGUGAGGUGUGUGCAUACUCCUGCAAGAGAAAAACUGAACUGCGCAACCAUAUGCAGCUGAAGCACUCUACAAACGUAGAUUCCCAACCUCCUGUUUACCAGUGCAAGUUUUGCCCUUACACAACAAAAUACCGGCAAGCCCUGCAUAACCACGAGAACUGCAGGCACACCCGGACACGCGUGUUCCGCUGCGCGCUCUGCCACUACACCACAUUUAGCAACACUGGCCUCUUCCUGCACAAAAAGAAAUCUCAUGGAUAUGUGCCAGGAGAUGUGGGGUGGCUUGAGAAGUAUGCAGAGAAAGAGAAAGAGCAGAGCUCUGUGGAUUUGACACACAACUUUUUCUCCAAAACCGCAGCACCUCAGACCUUAGAUUCAGAAUACAGGGAAGAAACAGGGAAUACAAAACAGUCCAAUAAGACUAUAGAUGACUCACAAGAUAUGUCUAUAAAUGAUAAUGAGGAAGAAGCAAUAGCAGCCACUAUUGGACGAACUGAGGAAAUGACUUUAGUACGGCACGUCAGUCUUGGGAUUGAGUCUGCAAGAGAAGAGGCAAGUAAUCUUUCUGAAGGAUAUCCAAAUGAUGAAGAACAGUGCGGCACCCCACUUUUUACUUCCCAAACCAGCACGAAUAGCACACAAAUGAUACUUGUUGAGACAGUAAACAUACAGGACACUGCAUUUGAUGCACAAGUUAAGAGUCAUGUUGGAUUUCACACAUUGCAAACAAUCCACCAGAACUUCCCAGAACCAUCAGUUGAGGAUGAUGCCGCUUGUGAGUAUCAAAGUGACUCUGAAGACCUGCCACCAGUGACAGAAACUGUAAGGAGUAGGGAGGGACUUCAGGACAAAAAACGUCAGGACAACUCUGUAGAGCCCUCAGCUUCUGAGACUCGUCUGCAGGUAAUGAGAAAACAGGAUAAAGACCAAGCUGAAGCACUCAUACUAGAAGGCAGGGUGCAGAUGCUUGUUGUCCAGACGCGGGACAAAAUGUUUCAGUGUAGCCGUUGCUCCUAUGUGACCAGAAAGCAUGCAGCAUUAAUCCGGCACUGCAAGUCGUCUUGCCAGGUCAUGAAAGCAGGACUACGCUGCCAGGACUGUGGCAUGAAUUUUAAACAGCAACGUUCUUUAAACACCCAUUGUCUCCGGAAAUGCCUGCUGAGGGGCAGAAAGAAGUUUGAUUUAGCAAGCACUGUAGGUAAAUCAGGGAGUUGUGUUGGUAGUUCAGGGAGUGAUGCAUCUAUACAGAUACAGAGUGUGACUCACAAAUCAGGAUCCCUCAAAAUACAACCUGAACCUUUUAAAGUCACUGAUUCUACAGAUUCAAGAGUAAAAGGUUCAGCUGAACCUGAAGGCCCACUGUCUUCUAUUAUAACUGUAGUAAAUGAGACUGAUUCAAGCACAUCUGAAGGAGGGAAGGCAACUGUUGGGAGUAGAAACAAGCUAGUGGAAGUGGAGGGAUCGGUAAAUGAGACCUCUGGCUAUUUUGAAGAUGAUGGUAGGUAUACUUGCAGAAAAUGUCCUUUCUCCUCUGUCAGGAAAGUCACAAUAGAUCGACAUUGUGCAACAUGCAGCGGAAACGCCCAUAAGGUACAUCUGGCUGAAAUGGGAAAGCAGUUUGAGCAAGAGGAUAAUCCUAGUGACUCAGACCAUGAUCAGGAGGAAGAUGGGGCAAAUGACUCAGAAAGAGAUUCAGGAGAAGAAGAGAGACCUCAAAACCCCAAACCUCGAUUCUCAUGUCCCAACUGUCCUUUUAUCUGUCACCAGAAGAGAGCUCUAGCAAGCCAUGAAAUAAAGGGCUGUUUAAAACCAGGUGAAUUACAGUGUCCGCACUGUUCAUUUGUUGCCAAAUCAGAAAAAUCUCUCAACCAUCAUAUCCUGAGUCACAAGAAAGACUUGAAGGCUACUAGAGGUAAAAUGUCUGGUAAUCUUCAGUGCAAUCUUUGCUCCUUUACCUGCAAACAAAAGCGCUGCCUGACACAGCAUGUUGCCGUGAAGCAUGAGGGAGUCCGCCCUCACCGCUGCCGCUUCUGCUCUUUUAGCACAAUUCGUCGCUACCGGCUGGAGGCCCAUGAGUCCCUGCACACAGGUGUUGGGAGACAUAGCUGUGAACUCUGUGGCCAAACUUUUGGCACCACGUCCAGACUACGCUUACACCAUCAACGCAUUCAUGACAAACAGGCAACGCACUUCUGUUCACUUUGCGAUUACAGAGCAUAUAACCUCAACGACAUAAACCGCCACAACUUGAGCUGCCACACUGGUGAUCUUGCCUACAAUUGCAGCCAAUGCAAUGCACGUUUCAGCUCCGAAGUUGCCCUGAAGCAGCACUACCACAGAGCACAUCCAGAUGCUAACAGCCUGUCUUGCACCCAGUGUAACUUUACCUGCAGCCGCCAAGCUGCUCUCAAAGCACAUAUGCAGCGUGAACAUUCUGAAAUCAAGACAAAAGAUCCUCAAGAUGGUCCGGAGAAACAAAGUAAGAUAUCCAUCAACCAUCAGUGCUUGGUUUGUUCCUUCAGCACCCAUAAAAGGCUUCUUCUGGUCCAGCACAUGUUAGAUGAGCAUGAAGAUGGCCCAGCAGAGGAGAAAACUCUGAAGUGUGAUGUUUGUGGUUUCUCUUGCACCCACCAAGUGGUGUUUGACCAGCAUGUGCGGUCACAUGGAGGAACCUGCCUCUUUAAGUGCACCGAAUGCGAGUUUUCCACGAGGAACAAACAGAAGAUCACGUGGCACAUUCGAAUCCAUACAGGAGAGAAACCUUACCACUGUGAGAUGUGCAACUAUGCAUGUGCUGAUCCUUCAAGACUAAAGUAUCAUAUGAGGAUUCACAUGGAGGAACGCAAAUAUCUCUGCCCAGAAUGUGGCUACAAAUGCAAAUGGGUCAACCAACUAAAGUAUCACAUGACAAAACAUACAGGUGCCAAACCGUACGUAUGUGAGGACUGCGAGUACCGCACCAACCGUGCCGAUGCCCUGCGCAUCCACCGGGAGACACGCCACAGAGACGUGCGUUCCUUCAUAUGUGAGAAGUGUGGAAAGGCUUUCAAGACGCGCUUUCUGCUCAAGACACACCAGAGAAAGCACAGUGAGGAGCGGCCUUACGUGUGCUCCGUAUGUCAAAGGGCGUUCCGCUGGCCUGCAGGUCUCCGCCAUCAUUACCUGUCCCACACCAAUCAGCUGCCAUUUAAAUGCCUCCACUGUCCCUACCGGGCUAAACAGAAAUUUCAGGUUGUGAAGCACCUUCAGAGACACCAUCCAGACUUGCCUGUCCAAGAUGGUGUGGGUAAAGACCAAGAGGCCUCUAGUAUGGGUACACAGAAGACAUGGCUUGAGGAAGAAGAGAGACAAGAGGAUGAGCAAACUGCUUUAGAGCACAUGCAAACUGCAAGGGACAUGUAACCAUGCACUGUUUCUGUAUUCAUUUCAAUUGA